AUGUGCAUCUACGACGAAAUGUCUGCCUUCCAACCUUCCGUCAACACAAUGCCUGAGCAGUACGAAGUGCGCUUUUGCAAGGCCGAUUCUUCCGUCUCUGCCGAAACUUUUAGCAACAAGUCUUCCGUGGACGCUACUUGCAGCCCUCCCACGUACGACUCUGCCGAACCUUUCUCCCUUCCUGUCAACGCUAGCAUCAAGAAGAACAUCUUCGCUCGCAUCUUCUCUCGCAACAAGAAGUCAGCCCACAAGCAGGAGUCCCUCCCAAGCUACCGCGAAACCGAGAUCGCCGAAGCAUGGGCCAAAGUCGGCAUUGACGUCAACGACCGCAAGCAAGGUCCUCGUCCUCACUGCACUCCCGAUGAAUUGGUUAACGCUAUGGACGGACUCUUCGGGUCCACCACUCAGUCAAAGCCUAAACGCCGAGCUGGCGAGGCUGUCGUCGUACACGCAUUCCCUGGCUCGCGCACCUUCUAG